AUGUUCCUCCCCACCGACAUCGCCAACAUCUACCUGCGAGACCCUCAACAGGGUUCAAAAGUCGUCACUCAAACCGUCACCGUUACCCAACCAGCGCAGACAGUAACAAUAACCGCUGGCGCGUCUCAGAAAGCAGAAAUCAGCGGAGAUCAUGGAACAGGAGGACUGACAAGUGUCCAGUUCGGUGCAAUUCUGGGCGUCAUAUGCAGUCUUGUCGUUAUAGGAAUCGCAGCUGGCAUUUGUCUAUCGAGCAACAAAAAGUCUAAAGUGCGGCAAAAGUAUUACACCACGGCAACUUCUUCGUCUUCUGGAUCGAGUAGAAGACGACACAGGAGGAGAAACCGAUCGCCACCAACGAUGGUCCCAGGUGGACCAAAGUACCCAACAUACCGAGCGAUUCCUAUCUCGAAGCCGACUAAUCCGCCUGUUGCACAUACAAAGUGA